GUGAAAGGAAAGGGUCAGAGUGGCAUCCUUUGGGUUUGUGCCGGAAAAUGUUGCUGAACACCAAGCCUUUCAAGAUGGUCCUCCUAAGCAUCCUUAGAAUCCUUCUUCUUUGGGGACUGGUGUUUUUUAUGGAACACGGGGUCCAAAUGACACAGGUAGGGCAGCCUUCUGUUGCCCUCCUGCCUGAGGCCCCUACCUUGCCCCUGAUUCAGGAGCUGCUAGAAGAAGCCCCUGGCAAGCAGCAGAGGAAACCACGGGUCCUAGGGCCUCCCUUGCGGUAUAUGCUGGAGUUGUACCAGCAUUCAGCUGAUGAGAGCGGGCACCCUAGGGAGAACCGCACCAUUGGGGCCACCAUGGUGAGGCUGGUGAGGCCGUUGGGUAAUGUAGCAAGACCUCUCAGAGGCCCCUGGCACAAACAGACCCUGGACUUUCCUCUGAGACCAAACUGGGUAGCAUACCAACUAGUCAGAGCCACUGUGGUUUACCGCCAUCAACUUCACCUAGCUCACUCCCACCUCUCCUGCCAUGUGGAGCCCUGGGUCCAGAAAAGCCCAACCGAUCACUUUCCUUCUUCAGGAAGUGGCUCCUCAAAGCCUUCCCUACUGCCCGAAGCUUGGACAGAGAUGGAUAUCACGCAACAUGUUGGGCAAAAUCUCUGGAAUCACAAGGGGCGCAGGGUUCUACGACUCCGCUUCCUGUGUCAGCAGCCAAGAGGUAGUGAGGUUCUUGAGUUCCGGUGGCAUGGCACUUCAUCCUUGGACACUGCUUUCUUGUUACUCUAUUUCAAUGACACUCAGAGUGUUCAGAAGGCCAAACUUCUCCCAAGAGGCCUGGAAGAGUUUACGGAAAUAGAUCCUUCUCUUCUCUUGCGGAGGGCUCGUCAAGCAGGCAGUAUCGCAUCUGAGGUUCCUGGCCGCUCCAGGGAGCGUGAUGGGCCUGAAAGUAACCAGUGUUCCCUCCACCCUUUCCAAGUCAGCUUCCGGCAGCUGGGCUGGGAUCACUGGAUCAUUGCUCCCCAUCUCUAUACUCCAAACUAUUGUAAGGGAGUCUGCCCUCGGGUACUACACUAUGGUCUCAAUUCUCCCAAUCAUGCCAUUAUCCAGAACCUUGUCAAUGAGCUGGUGGACCAGAGCAUCCCUCAGCCCUCCUGUGUCCCUUAUAAGUAUGUUCCCAUUAGCAUUCUUCUGAUUGAAGCAAAUGGGAGUAUCCUGUACAAGGAAUAUGAGGAUAUGAUUGCCCAGUCCUGCACGUGCAGGUGAUAGCAAAAGUACAGCUAGCUCAGGUUUGCCUGAGAA